CUUGUUAUAAGUUCAAUCUGCUUUGGUCGCCACCAAUUGACCACGCGGCCCGCGUUCAAGCUGAUCUGGUAAUUCGUUAUUGUAUACGAGACAAGCGGGGCAAUGGCAUUCAGAAUUCACGAGGAUCAAGAAAAUUCAGCAUUAGGGCUGAGGAAGGAGAAUUCUGAUGUAUUUUCAGCUGCUAACCAAAGGCGUGCAUUGGGCGACCUUAGCCAUUUCGGAUGCUAUCAAAACCGGAAUAAUAAACUUCCCGGUCUGACGAAUGGACCUUGCAAAGUUCAGGACGAUACCAGAAAGAUACGGCAAAUUAAGAAUGAAAAGAAUAUCGUUCCACCAGUGGCACAAUUUCGCGCUUUUAAUGUGUAUGAAGAUAAACCUACUGAAGCAGAGGUGAAGAAACGUGAGCCUACUUUCAAGCAUUUUGUCACCAAGGAUAUCAAGAAGGACAACUUUUUUAAGAAUGAGGCUGAAAAUGUCAAAGUCCUGUGUGAUCAAAUCAAGAAACAACCAGAUUGGCAAAAAGAUACAACUCUUGCAAGACUUCCAUUACAAGAAAAGAAAGAUGUCAUUGAGUCUCCUAUGUCCAUUGUUGACUCUAGCAUUUUGUCAAUGUCCAUUUCUAAGAAUGAGAGUCAACUACUUAAUAGUAUCGAUGAAGAUGAUGCAGAUGCAGCUACCACAGCUCAAACUGACAGGGAAAUGUUUUUCCAUGUUGAAGAGUAUCGGCAAGAUAUUUAUGAAUAUAUGAGAGAGAUUGAGGUGAAGAACAGAGCCAAUCCACGCUACAUGCGUAAACAGCCAGACAUCACUCAUGUAAUGCGCUCUAUCUUAAUCGACUGGCUCGUUGAAGUCUGUGAUGAGUAUGGACAGCAAAGUGAGACACUGCACCUAGCAGUUUCCUAUGUGGACCGAUUCUUGUCUUACAUGAGUGUGGUACGGACCAAAUUGCAACUUGUAGGCACUGCUGCUACCUACAUAGCUGCGAAAUAUGAAGAGGUUUACCCACCAGAGGUGUCAGAGUUUGUGUAUAUAACUGAUGACACAUACACUAAGCGUGAAGUACUGAGAAUGGAGCAUCUCAUACUGAAGGUCCUUUCAUUUGACCUGUCCACACCUACCUCUCUUGCAUUUUUAUCACACUACUGCAUCUCAAAUGGACUCUCGAAAAAGACAUUCCAUUUAGCAUCUUACAUUGCCGAGCUGAGUCUACUAGAGGCAGACCCGUAUCUACAGUUCAAACCUUCAGUGAUUGCUGCGAGUGCUCUGGCCACUGCACGCCACUGUCUUCUGUGCGAACGUUGCUCCCGGGAUGAGGUCGAUACGACUGUGGAUCACAGUAUAUUCAUCAAUAAAGGCGCAAACGGAUCCUACUCCGAGAGUGGGGUCCAUAGCUCCUGCUUAUCGACCGCGUGGCCCGCAGCGCUGGCCAGCAGCUCGGGAUACUGCGCCGCUGACAUCGACGCUUGCAUGCGGGAGCUGGCCCGUUCGCACGCGCAUGCCCCAAGGCAGCCCUACCAGGCUAUCCCCGACAAGUAUAAGAGCAACAAAUACGAAGCUGUGUCGACCAUAGAGCCUAAACCAAUGUACCCAGUGCCCAAAUACGAACCACCGACACCUGCAAACAACGCAAGACCUGCAUCAACAGAUGUAAGAGCAAGCUAGUAUAAUGCCAAAACAACGAGAUCGAGACACGGGACCAAAACAUGUUUUUCGCCUAUUCCCAGCAGAUAAACUCUGCUUAGAUAAUAAACAUUGGAAGAUCUACGUGCCGCUACAAUAUUUUUCAAGGCCCUUAAAAGCUACCGUGGUUGAUUACAUUGGAUCUAACGUUGUUCAACAAUGUUUUACUAAUGCUGGGCACCUCUUUUGGUUAUUCGGAUUUUCUUUUUGUAAAUUUUACUCGAGUUUGUCUUUAUCAUACUUUAUGAGGAAUGAAAAGGACAGACUGAUGUCAAGCUUACAAAUAGCAAACAAAAUUAUCCAAAUGAAGUGUUCGCAUAAUGCAUAAUAUGGCACGUUGUUGUGUUGAGGGCCAGUACAACACAUACUUUGAGCGCUCGGUUCUCCAUUACGGUCUUAUUACUAAGCUCAUAAAGUUGAAUUUGUCUGCUUUAAGGAACUAGAAAAUAUCUUACCCUCUGGGUGUUUGUUACAUAUCAGCCUCCUUAUUGGCUAAUUUCACUCUUAACUCUGAUCAACAUACCUUUCAAUUUGGCAUUUGUAAAAAAGUUAAGUAGAAAGGUGGUGUAAUUGGAGGAAAUAGCUUCUCAACCUCAACGAGUCUGCAGUCGCCAUACACUGCACAACAUCAACAAAACCGAACAGGCUCAGCAUAUACCUUGUCUCAUUUAACCUAGACAUUGGCAGAAUCGUCACGUAAUGAGAUGUGCGUGUGGACUGACAGAUUUUUUCAAAAAACUCAUCCAAUCACAACCAAAUUAUAAAAGGAUUUAGGAAAUAACUGUGAAAACUUCAUGGUAAGGUAUAAAAUUUGUGAAACCUAAACAA